AUGGGCGCGCUGCUUAUUCAGCAGGUAGGCGUUGAGGAGUUGCGCGCGCCGAGCACUGUUAAUUUUGCCCGUAGCGCACCGGCCCUCAUCUCGUCGUGCUUCGAUGGCCGCCUGAACGCCUGCGCUGUGCAGGGGCAGUAUGAGGAAGCGGAAAAGGUUUUUGUGAGUGGCAUUCGUUAUUUCCCUGAUGAAGCCAGCCUGUACACCAAUGCAGCCAUUGCCGCCUCACAGCAGACAGACGCCAGUGCAUGGCAGCGCGGCUUGGUUCAUGGGCGGGAGGCUCUGCAGCGUCAGCCGGACGAUAGCCGGACCCAUCACGUUGUGGGGAAUCUGCAGCAGCAGCUGGGCCGUGCCUCGCUAGCAGAACAACAUUUUGCGCGGGCCGACAAAAUCGCCUCUGGCCUGCCCCCGCGCCGCGCGGGACCCCCGCGCCCAUCCUUUGACGCAGUGCUCGAUGCAGCCGGGCCUGCCAUGGAGGUGCACCUGCUUUCCCAUGACCCAUUCGUAUUGGUUGUGGACAACUUUGUCAAGCCAGCCGAGGUAGCUUGGAUUCGCAACAAUGCAGCCCCAAAGCUGAGCGAAUCCUUCACAUAUGCCGCGCACGAUCAAAGCGUUCGUCAGAGCCAGACGGCUUGGCUCGGACCCCACGAGCAUUCAACCCUGACUGCCUUGGAGAACCGAUUGCUAGCCUUGCUCGGCCUACGCUUUGUUGAUGUGGCGCAUGCAGAGCUCCAAGUUGUCCAAUACGAGCAGGGCGGCUACUAUCGCUCCCACCUGGACACCUCGUCUUGGCACCCCCGUGACAUUACCGCGCUCUAUUAUCUCACCACGGUACAGACUGGUGGGGGCACGGCCUUUCAGAACGUCUCAGCGGAGAUGGGUGAUCUAUUGGAUAGCACCCGCAAGCAACCCUGUUUCGACUCGACGCACCAUGCCGAGGCCAGCGAGCCUCAAGACCACGGGGCCAUCGUGCCUGCGGUGGCUGGCCGGGCCGUCAUCUUUUACAAUACACGCAAAGAUGGGCAGAUGGACACCGCUGCAUAUCAUGCUGGGUGUCAGAUCAUCAAAGGCGAGAAAUGGAUCGCCAAUCAUUGGCUGACACUUCGGCAUGCCUGA